AGAAACACCAGCAGCAUCUCUGCUCACAAUAUUUCUUAUGGGUUAUGUCGUAAUAUUUUGAUUUUUUUAACUCGUUAAAAAUAUAAUUUUUAAUUAAUAGAACAUCAAAGCUUACUGUAGACAAUGUCUUCUUUGGUACGGCAAAUUGCGCUCCUCAAUCUUACGCAACGAAAUCUCCUACAGAACUCAGUUAAACUUUUAGCGCCGGUAAGUAAUAGUUUACACACGACUGCUGCGUUAAAUGCCAAAUGGAAUAAAGCUAAUCAAGGACCACGGAAAUGGUUGGAAUACAACAAAAUAGUGCAUCCACCACAAAAACCAGAUGAAGAGCCACGGAAAGCGUAUGUUUGUCAUAUGCGCACCAAUAUAAAAUAUAGUCCAGAUAAAAUGUGGUAUAUCGCCUCAUUUGUGCGUGGCAUGUCUGUCGACGAAGCAGUAAAACAAUUGAGUUUUGUAUUGAAAAAGGGAGCUACACACGUUAAAGAGGUGAUAUUAGAAGCUCAAGAAAUGGCAGUGCGUCAGCAUAAUGUGGAAUAUAAGAGUAAUUUAUGGAUAGCUGAAUCCUUUGUGGGUAAGGGACGUUAUUUUCGCGGUAUACGUCGCCAUGCACGCGGACGUCAAGGAAGAGUUGAGUACAAACAUUGUCACUAUUUCGUACGCCUAGAAGAAGGCCAACCACCAAAAGAUUAUUAUCUGCCAGCGGCACAAUCACCUGAACAACAAUUGGAAAAAUGGAUUCAAGAAAUGCGUAGCCGUAAGGUUAUCAAUUCCCUAUAAAAUGUCUGUUAAAAGACACAAUAAAGUAUGUGAAUUAGUCAA